GCUCCUCCCGGGCCCCUCGGCCUCCGGCGCCGCGGCGAUUCGCGCCUCGCGGCGCCGGCACCUGCCCGCACGCCCCCCGCGACCCCCGGGCCCGCGAGCGUUGGCGUUGGCGUUGGCGGCGCGCGCCGGGGCAUGCCCCGCGCCUAGGGCCCGGGGGGCGCGCGGGGGGCGCGCGGGGGGCCCGGGCGGCGGCGGCGGGCGCGGCGCGGGGCGCGUGGAUGUGGCGCCGGGCCCGGGCGGCGGCCUCCAGCGGCGGGACCCCUUCGCCCCGCCCGCCUUCCCCUUCGCGCCCCCGGGCGAGGCCGAGGCCGCGACCGUGAUCGGCCGGGAGCCCGCGGCGGGGGGCGGCCGGGGCCGGGGCAGGGGCCGCCGCCGGGGCUCGCGGGGCGGCGGCGGGGGCCGCGGAGGCCCGGGCGCGCGGGAGCGGGAGCGGCCGGGCGAGCCAGAGCGCACCAUGGAGGCAGCGACGGGCGGCCGCGGCGGCUUCCAGCCGCACCCGGGGCUGCAGAAGACGCUGGAGCAGUUCCACCUGAGUUCUAUGAGCUCGCUGGGCGGCCCUGCCGCCUUCUCGGCGCGCUGGGCGCAGGAGGCCUACAAAAAGGAGAGCGCCAAGGAGGCGGGCGCGGCCGCGGUGCCCGCGCCGGUGCCCGCAGCCGCGGAGCCGCCGCCCGUCCUGCACCUGCCCGCCAUCCAGCCCCCGCCGCCCGUGCUGCCUGGGCCCUUCUUCAUGCCGUCCGACCGCUCCACCGAGCGCUGUGAAACGGUGCUUGAGGGCGAGACCAUCUCGUGCUUCGUGGUGGGCGGCGAGAAGCGCCUGUGCCUGCCGCAGAUCCUCAACUCGGUGCUGCGCGACUUCUCGCUGCAGCAGAUCAACUCGGUGUGCGACGAGCUGCACAUCUACUGCUCCCGCUGCACAGCCGACCAGCUGGAGAUCCUCAAAGUCAUGGGCAUCCUGCCCUUCUCGGCGCCCUCGUGCGGGCUCAUCACCAAGACGGACGCUGAGCGCCUGUGCAACGCGCUGCUGUAUGGCGGCGCCUACCCGCCGCCUUGCAAGAAGGAGCUGGCGGCCAGUCUGGCGCUGGGCCUGGAGCUCAGCGAGCGCAGCGUGCGGGUGUACCACGAGUGCUUCGGCAAGUGCAAGGGGCUGCUGGUGCCCGAGCUCUACAGCAGCCCCAGCGCCGCCUGCAUUCAGUGCCUCGACUGCCGCCUCAUGUACCCGCCGCACAAGUUCGUGGUGCACUCGCACAAGGCCCUGGAGAACCGGACCUGCCACUGGGGCUUCGACUCAGCCAACUGGCGGGCCUACAUCCUGCUGAGCCAGGACUACACGGGCAAGGAGGAGCAGGCGCGCCUCGGCCGCUGCCUGGACGACGUGAAGGAGAAGUUCGAUUAUGGCAACAAGUACAAGCGGCGGGUUCCGCGGGUCUCCUCCGAGCCCCCGGCCUCAAUCAGAAAGACAGAUGACACCACUGCCCAGCCCCCCACAUCUGAGAAGGACAAGCAGGCCGGCUGGCUGCGCACACUGGCCAGCCCUUCCAGCAAGAGCCUGGGUUGUGCACACCCUAGACAGCGCCUCUCCGCCUUCCGACCCUGGUCCCCUGCUAUCUCCACGAGUGACAAAGAGCUCUCCUCACAUCUCCCAGCCCUGAUUCGAGACAGCUUCUACUCCUACAAGAGCUUCGAGACGGGUGUGGCCCCCAAUGUGGCUCUGGCACCGCCCACCCAGCAGAAGAUGGUGAGCAGCCCACCCUGCACCACUGUAGUCACCCGAGUCUCCGAGCCGCUUGCCACCUGCGUCCAGCCGCGAAAGCGGAAGCUAACUGUGGACGUCCCAGAGCCUCUUGUCGCCCCAGAGGAUGACAAGGACUCAGAGGCUGAGGUAGAAGUGGAGAGCAGAGAGGAAUUCACGUCCUCCCUGUCCUCGCUUUCCUCUCCCUCCUUUACCUCGUCCAGCUCUGCCAAGGACCUGAGCUCCCCCAGCAUGCAUGCCCCCCCCACAGCCAGUGUGCCCCCAGACCCUGGGGUAACAGGGGAGCCCCCAAGCAGUGGGCUGGAGGCAGAGCUGGAGCACCUGAGGCAGGCCCUGGAAGGUGGCCUAGACACCAAGGAAGCCAAAGAGAAGUUCCUGCAUGAGGUGGUAAAGAUGCGUGUGAAGCAGGAAGAGAAGCUGAGUGCUGCCCUACAGGCCAAGCGCAGCCUCCACCAGGAGUUGGAGUUCCUGCGUGUGGCCAAGAAAGAAAAGCUGCGGGAGGCCACAGAGGCCAAACGCAACUUGCGCAAGGAGAUUGAGCGCUUGCGGGCCGAGAACGAAAAGAAGAUGAAGGAAGCCAAUGAGGCUCGCAUGCGCCUGAAACGUGAACUGGAGCAGGCGCGGCAGGUGCGCGUGUGUGACAAGGGCUGCGAAGCUGGCCGCCUGCGUGCCAAGUACUCAGCACAGAUUGAGGACCUGCAGGUGAAGCUGCAGCAUGCGGAAGCCGACCGGGAGCAGUUGCGUGCUGACCUGCUGCGGGAGCGCGAGGCCCGGGAGCAUCUGGAGAAGGUGGUGAAGGAGCUGCAGGAGCAGCUGUGGCCUCGGGCGCACCCGGAGGCAGCGGGAGAGAGCCCAGCUGAGCUGGAGCCCUAGCCCCUGCCACCCGCCGGCCUGUCCAUAGCACAAUGUCUUUCUGUGCCUACAGCCAAGCGCGUGUGUUUGGAGCCACGUCCUUUUGGAAUCACUGCAAAUUUUCUACUGGCCACAUUCAAGCGAGCAAACUGGGCCCACUGCAGCCCCUGGCCCUCUGCUUGCUGGAACAUCCUAACGUCUACACUUUUGUUAUAAGCUAUUUAACCCAACAAGGAGACUUGAUAUUCAGAAAAACCAACAUGUUUUUUAAUGACUAACUUUCCCAGCCCCGCCCACAUGUGACGCCAUCCGAAGACUAGGCAGCAGGUGGCAGUGCCCCCCCCACGCCAUUGCAGCUGGCAGCCACCCGCCGCCCCAGCACAGAAAGGGUUUUUCUCCAGAGUCUAUUUUUUCAGUGACAAGGACCCAGGUGUCCUGUGCUGCUGCCGGGAGGGGAAAGGAACCCCUCCCUGUUAGCCGGUGUGUCCAUGUCCUGCGCAUGUGGGGAGAGGGCAGUGUCCCCAUGCUGCCAGCUGUGGUCAGCCUGCUCCGUUGGCAGAUGUGGCUGAGUUUUGGGACUGAGACCACAGCAUUGGAACAAAACACAGCAUUAUUCACUUUUGUUUUUUCAUUUAAACAUAUAUUUAGAACUGCACUUUGUCAAAAAAAAAAUCUUCCCAUUUUAUUUCCCAGUUAACGUGAGGUUUUUACUUUUUAAACAUUGAGAAUCAAUUUCUAGAGCAGUUCACAUCCUAAGUGCUCGAGUGUAUGGAAAUCCCCUCUGGUGCUUGGUUGAACAAGGGAAUCACAAGAAAAUGAAAAUGCAAAAACUGAACUUCGGGGGGUAGUUCUGUGCCUUCCAGCAUCUUGUACAGGAAUUCCUGACUUGUGUCUUUUCACCCCCAGAAUAUGUCUUCAGUAGCAACUGAAUCCGCCACUAUCCAGCUAAGUUACUUGCAUUUAUUCCAAAUAGUCUCGUUUACUCUCAACUGUUUAUGCAAAUUGAUGAGGUUUCUUAUACCCAAGCUUGAAAAUUGAAUUCCCAGCAGACGAGGCGGCCACCCAUCCUGAAAUCACGGGAUUUAUUUCCACGAGAAAGGUUCACCUUCAAGGCUCAGAUCUGCCCUGCCAUUAUUGCCAGCUCGGAGGCAUGGGGAAGGGAGCUUGCUUGUAGACACAUGCACAGUGAUGUGUCUGCAGCACUGCCGCCAUAAGCAGAAGAUGGUGACAUCAUCUGCAGGAUUGGCCCCUGGUUUAUGGGGAGGUGUGUGUGUGUGGGGGUGCUCCUGCCCUUCCUCCAAAGUGCAAUGCAAAAGGGAUGUCAUGUAUAUGCGUUUUUGAUCUGUUUUAUUUUUUUUUUUGCUUUUGUUUUUCUUUUGCAGUUAUUAGAUCUUGUAUGCAUGGAGUUUUAGUCCUCUGCCACACGUACACCCAUCGACGGGCAUUAUUACCGUGUCAUGUAUAGGGCCACUGUGUCAUGCAGAGUGCUGUGUUCAGCUUUUUUUUUUUUUUUUUCCAGAAUUGUGUACUUUCAGUCAUUUUUCAAGGGAAACUAAAAGACUGAGUUGGAGCAAAGCUUUUUGUCUGCUUACAUGUGGCUCUGCUCUGUUGCUCUGUUCCAGAUGGUAGUGAGAGUGCAGUCCUGGACCACCUGACACCCCACACACACACCCCACCCCCGUUUGCUUUUGAGUUUCUAGGCUCCAAAGAGAUGUUUUCUAAGUUCGGGGGUGGGGGCACCUCUGCCUGCCCCUACACUGUAACCCACCUCAGCUGGCCGGCUUGUCCCGGUGCAGUACCAGGAGAGCUGGAACCACAGGGCACCUCAUUCCACCCAGGCCCCUCCCGCUGCUCCGUGUGCUCCACAGCCUUGCCCUCACUGCUUCUCAAGGCCCUCCAGGCUGGGCCUGGGGACCUGGGGAAAGACGAGAAGGGGCAUGUUGGGUUUCCCGUUCACCAGCAGCUAGAGGAGGCCCUCUGGGUGUGGGGCUGGCAGCACUUGGGGGCCAAGUCCCAGGGCAAAUCUUACUCAGGGCCCGGGACUAGGCUCACCCACACCCAUUUCUGUGUCUCUUCAAAGGGAGGGUGUCUGUCCUGCCAGCUCCCCAUCAUCUGAGUGUCUUGAGUUCAGUCCCAUUAUUUCUCUGCUGAGAACAUUUUUAUCAAUGGGAAAAACCAACAGCAAUAACAUUCAUUAUCUAUGGAGCAGCUAACUCAUCACAUAAUCUCCCGCUUUUCAUAUGGAACUAGCCAGUGUAAAGACCACCUGUGUAAAUACUCUUCCUUUUCCACUCUUGUAUCAUACGUGUAUAUGGUGGCUCCUUUUCCAGAAACUUUUCUUACCUGGUAGUUGUCUUGUUUUCUGAGGUGUUUUCAACUGAGGAAGAAGAUUACCCCACCCCACCCCCAGGCUGUGAGUGAUGGGUCACCACUGACAUUUUUUUCAAUUAAGCAAAUAGACCCUGUCCCGACCCCAUCCAUCAACCCCCCCCCCCCCCCCCCCCGCCGCGGCUGCCUCGCGUCCGUCCCUCUGCUGCUGCUAAUGACAAUAUGACUUACUCUACUAUUCAAGAACUAUUUUUAUGUAAUUAAUGUAUGCUUUCUUGUUUAUAAAUGCCUGAUUUAAAAAGAAAAAAAAAAAGAAAAA